UAUUGGAAUGUCCACCAAAAGAUGGCAUUACAAAAUUUGAUUCGCGAGCUGCACUACCCAGUGGCUGUUUUCAAGCUCAUCAUUCUCCUCUCCACGAUGCCCUCUCUGGUAAACAAUAUAAAUAGCGGAAUCGAGCUGUUUAGGAUUUACCCUGGUUGUGUUGGGAACGACAUCUCCUUCUCUUUUCCUGGUUGAGUUUGGUUGUAAGCCUCCGAAGAGCGUCUCGGUGCCUGUGAAGCUAAGACAUGGAUGCUCAAGCAAGGCACAGCGUCGGUGAGGAAUCCAUGCAUGCCGUGGUCUUCCUCGACUGGAAGGGCAGAUCCUGCAUGCCCACCAAGCAUGGUGGCAUGCGAGCUGCUGCCUUCUUGUUAGGACUUCAAGCACUGGAGAUGAUGGCCAUUGCAGCUGUAGGCAACAACCUCAUAACCUAUGUGUUCAACGACAUGCACUUCCCUCUAUCCAAAUCCGCAAACAUAGUGACCAACUUCAUAGGCACUGUGUUCCUUCUCUCUCUGCUCGGUGGAUUCUUGUCAGACUCUUAUCUUGGGAGCUUCCGCACUAUGUUGGCUUUCGGCUUCGUCGAGCUUUCGGGCUUCUUACUGCUCACGGUGCAAGCACACCUCCCCCAACUGAGGCCUCCUCACUGCAACAUGAUGUCGGAAGGAGGCGAUCGCUGCGUGGAGGCCAAAGGAUUCGAGGCACUCGUAUUCUACACUGCACUCUACUUGGUGGCCUUGGGGAGCGGCUGCCUCAAACCCAACAUCAUCUCUCAUGGGGCUGACCAGUUCACCAAGGACGAUCCCAACCACUCCAAGAAGCUCUCGACGUACUUCAACACCGCAUACUUCAGCUUCUGCGUCGGAGAACUCAUCGCUCUAACAGUUCUUGUCUGGGUCCAGACUCGGUCGGGAAUGGAUGUCGGCUUCAGUUUGUCGGCCGCCACCAUGGCCGCCGGCCUCAUUAGCUUGAUCUGUGGCAUGUUGUACUACAGAAACAAGCCCCCACGGGGGUCCCUUUUCACCCCAAUUGCAAGAGUUCUUGUGGCAGCAAUCAUCAAGAGAAAACAAGUUUCCCCCAACACUAAGCUGCUUCGUCAAGGCAGCGUCCACACCGAAAAGUUCAGGUUCUUGGACAAAGCAUGCAUGCAGAUCCAGGGAGUGGCCGACAGGAAGCAGAGCUCAUGGACGCUGUGCACGGUCGCCCAAGUCGAGCAGGUGAAGAUAAUCCUCUCCGUGAUCCCGAUAUUUGCAUGCACCAUCAUCUUCAACACCAUACUGGCCCAGCUCCAGACCUUCUCGGUGCAACAAGGAAGCGCCAUGAACACUCAGGUCACCGAAGCAUUCGAGAUCCCCCCUGCUUCCCUGCAGGCCAUCCCCUACCUCAUGCUCAUCGUCCUUGUCCCCCUCUACGAGAUCGGCUUCGUGCCGCUCGCUCGAAGGUUCACCAAGACGGACUCCGGCAUCUCCUCGCUGCAGCGCAUCGGCUUGGGCCUCUUCACCGUGACGUUCUCCAUGGUCUCAGCCGCGCUGGUGGAGAAGAAGAGGCGAGAGCUUGCCGUUGGCUCAGACAAGCAACUCUCCAUCUUCUGGAUCGCACCACAGUUCCUCAUAUUCGGCGUCUCGGAGAUGUUCACAGCCGUGGGUCUCAUCGAGUUCUUCUACGAGCAGUCCAUGGCCGGGAUGCAGUCCUUCCUCACCGCCAUGACCUACUGCUCCUACUCAUUUGGGUUCUACCUCAGCUCUCUCCUCGUCUCCCUGGUGAACAAGGUGUCAUCCGGAGCUCACAGGAGUGGGUGGCUCAGUGACAACAACUUGGACAAGGACAGAUUGGACCUCUUCUAUUGGCUCCUUGCAGCACUCAGCCUCGUCAACUUCGUCAACUACCUGUACUGGUCCAGAUGGUACUCAUACAAUCCAUCUGCAGACUCUGCUGCCAUCAACCCGCCCUGUGCCGAAGAAGACUACAGCAGCUUCACCUCCUCAAAGCUCAUGGAAGCUCAGAAUAUUCCACUCUAAAAGAACCAUUAAGUCCACAAUACCCUCUUACUAAUUAUUCCUCUAACUUUUUAGCACUGCACCCAACUUAGUGGUGGAAUGAUACUGCUCUUUAUCAUGCUUUGCUUCCUUUAAUAAUUGAGUACUGUCCCACAAUAAAAGGAGUGUUCAAAGCAAGUUAGGUCUAAUCCCAUUAGGAACAUCCACUAACCUUUGUUUUCCUUCCAUGACAUGUUAUAGUGAUGAGAAGGAACUAAAGUUGGAUGACCAGUUGGAAAGCACAGCAGAGUGCUGUGUCUCAGUUGCACCAGAAAAGCAAAAUGGGAGUGGAGUAGUAGACCUUUAAUCUCAUAUUACUUUAAUCAAAGAACAAAGAAAAUUGACAUUAUUCAGUGAUCAGAAUACAGUUUGUUUUUCUACUCAUGUGAUUUAUACAAAGAAACCACUGAAAGCAACUCAAAGUCUGUCAAUCCUUCAUGCAGUCUGUCUUUGGUAAACUCUGUCUAAGAUAAGCUGACAAGAAGAUAAAAGAGAUUUACAUGCAGAUUGGAGAAAUAUGUAGAGGAAGGUGUCAUGAUACUCUAAAUUCUUGAUGGAUCAAAAUGGAGUUUCAUGCAACUAAGAAUCUACUUUCUGAUACCAACCUACUAAAGGUUGUAGAUUUAAGCCCAAAUGUAAACCUACAUUUCCAAGAAAGUGAUGUUGUUCUGAUA